UGUAUUUUCAUUGUUAUCCUCUACUAUAGUAUCUAAUAACUGUUUAAGUUGCAUUCCUGCUGUUAGCCUGGUAAAUGGUCUCACAGGAGAAAUGCAUUGCUUUAUUAAAUUUUGUAUAUUAGGAUAUACGUUCUGUAUAUGCAUGGGUGUAUUAUGUAAAAAACCACCUGGUAAUAUACCAUCAUUUGUAUCAAAUGCUAAUAACAUCUAUAUCAAUAUAUACGCUUAGUUGUGUGUAUAUUACAAAAUCUGAAAACAUCUGUAAAUGUAAACAAGGAAUCCAUAUUUAGUGUUAAGCAGUUUCAUGCUUUAAAAGCUGCUAUAGAAUUGAUAGUUGCAAUUGGCAUUGUACCUGCUCUUUUACCAGGUGUUGGUACAGACAUGGCUAAAUUAUGUCCUAAGGCUGUACAGAUAUGCGAAGAAAAAGUAACAGAUAUACAAAAAUAUGAAAGAAACACAUUCACAGUUGUUUCUCUUAUGAAUUUGUACAAUGAAACUAUGUUUCGACCAGCAAUAAUUGCUCAAAUAGGUCCCUUAUUGGCUGCUCUUUUACAAUUAGGAUAUGCUCCAUUAAUCAAACCAAAUAAUAUAAAUGAAAGUGACAAAACAUUUAAAAUGACAACAGAUUUAUAUGAGCAAUUAAAAAAAGAUCAAGAACAAUUUGUUCGUUUAUUACAUCAAUUAUUAAUUAAUUGUCCCAUGUCUACAAGUAUGAAAGAAUUGAUGGUAAUUCUUGGUAUUAAAGGAUCUCCAAAGUGGCUUCAAAGAGAAACUCGUAAACAUUUAAUCCAGCAAAUUAUGCAACCCAAUGGAGUUAUUUCAAUCAUAAUUGCUAUUUGUGAAGAUACUUUAGAUAUUGGAGAACAUUGGAAUAAAUUAGAUACUGUUUCCAGAUUAAUAGCUACCUCGCAUGAAAAGAAUUCUAAUGAGUAUUACAAGGCUAUAUGUCCACAAAUAUUGGACCUUCUUACAUUUGAACAGAUAUACCACUCUUCGACAAUAGCAAAUUGUUGCAUUACCGCGCUUUACGACUAUAAUUCUGACAUUUGUCUUAAAAAUAUUAUAGAAAAAAUUUGUAGUCCUUUGCUUAUGAACUUAAGAAAAGAAGAAAAUGUAGUUAUAAGUGAAACUGAAGUGGAGAAGUGUAUAGAAAAUUUGACGAAAUGUUUUAUAGUAGUAGAAGCAAAAUUCAAACAUUUACCUUGCAAAGUUUUAAUAAAAAUGGCAGUUCCGUUAUUUUGUAUAUACAAUAAUAUCAGGAUAAGCAUUUGUUUAUUAAAAUCUAAAAUUAAACAACUCCUGUUAAAACUCUUACACGAUGAAUCACAGAAAAACAAACUUUUUGCUGAAUUUCUUGGCCAUAAUUUAACUGAAAAUUUUGGAUAUCGUUUAGCCUCAAGGCUUGGGCCAACAGGUGGAAUUGAAAUUAUAGGAAUAGAUGAGACUUUGAAUUAUGAACAAUUUGCAGACAGUCUCCUAGAUUUAGUAUUUACUACUAAUGUAUUGUCAAUUUCAUUAUUUUCGUAUUUAUUAGAAUUUUUAUCAGAUUUAAUGAAACUAGACAAUAAGGAGGAAGCUCAUAACUUACUAGAAACUGAAAAUGAUAUAAUGGACAGAAUUCAAAAGCAAUUAGCAGCUGUAAAACUUUUAUCAAGCUUAGCUAAUAUAUCUGCAGUGCAAGAAGCACAAAUAGAAAAUCCAAAUCCAAUUUUUUCUUUCAUAAAAUCAUUGUUUAAUGAAUAUAUUAAGAAAAGGCAAAUAUCAUCGGAAGAAGAUGACUGUGAGAUUCUAUACAUCAGUUUGAUGUUAAUAAAAAUGAUUUUGGGCGAAAGAAAAAAGCUUUUAAAUUUCAUGGCUUUUAAUGAUUUUAUAAUAUUUUUGAAGGAAUGUUGUGGUCUUUCAAACAUUCCAAUGCAAUUGCUACUAUUAAUGAAAGAACUUAUUGAACUUAUUGAAACUCAAGGUCACUCACAAAGCAAACAUUAUCAAGAUCUAACUAUAAAUCAUAAAACAGCUAAAAAGUUUGAAGAAGCGCUUAGAGACCUUGCUGAUCCUCUGCUUCCUGUGCGUGCGCAUGGUCUUAUAGUUCUUACUAAAUUAAUAGAAAAUGUAGAUCCUUAUGCUACAGCCAGAAAAGCAGUUAUUCUUCAAAUAUUUAAAGAAAAUUUAAAACAUGAUGAUUCAUUUAUAUAUUUAGCAGCCAUUAAUGGAUUAUGUGCUUUAGCCACCUCAUAUCCAGGAGUAGUUAUAGAAGCAUUGGUACACGAAUACAUUGACAUGCCACAACGUGUUUCAGCUGGUGAAAUUACUAUAGAAACAAGAAUCAAGUUGGGAGAAAUACUUGUAAAAGUAACACGUGGAUUAGGUGAAAUGGCAAUAACAUACAAAAAUAUUUUAAUAAACGGAUUCUUAUCUGCUACACGAGAUUCAGAUUCCUUGGUUCGUGCUUCUAGUCUCUCGUGUUUAGGUGAAUUGUGCAAGGUGUUAGGUUUUCGAUUGGGUGAUAUUGUUACAGAGGUGAUUUAUUGUAUUAGUUGUAUAAUAAAAACAGAUAAAACUCCUGAAUGCCGACGAGCUGCGGUUAUGGUUAGUACGUUGUUGCUUCGUGGUCUUGGAAAAGACACAUUAACAAGUUUGGGAAAAGAUUUGGUUGACUUAUAUCGUGGUCUGAAACACUUACGAGACAACGACGAUGAUCCGGUACUGCGCUUACAUGCUCAGCUGUCUCUUGAAGAGUUGGAUCAGAUUGUACAAAAUUUCUUGUUUUCACCUCCAAAACUUGAAAAAAGAAUAUUUUUAUUGGGUGGUUCAUAACAAACGAAUCAAUUAUCCAAGAAAACUAUCAUCAAGGAACAAGUUUUCUUAAGAUUUGUUCCAUUUUAUUUUCUAUAAAGAAUAUUUAUAUCCAAUAUUUUCUUUGUUGAUAUACAGUUUAUGAUAUUUAAGUAAAUACAGAAAAAAAUCAAACUUGCUUUAUACAUGUACAGAAUUGUAAAAUUCCUUGUUAUUUUUAUCUUAUGAUAGAGGCGUGCAAAUUAUUUGACUCAUAAAAAAAUGAGGAUCAAGUAGCGAUUACAACAUUUGAAUAUUAAUUUGUUACACUUUUAGUGUGCGUUGUAUUAAUUUACAAAUUAAUAUAAUAUAUUUUACAUUACAUCAAAAUUAUACAAUAUCUUAAUUAACCCACCGAAAUAACAGAAAAAUAAAUACUGAAAGAGACAAACUUGCGAACAAAACAACUAGUUUUUAAAAGCAGAAGCUUUUCUUAUCGCACUUCCCGUUUGCCACUUCUAAUUUACAACUCAAAGAAAUAUCUAAAUGAUAAUUUAAUAUGCGAUAACAAUUUCUCUCGUAUAAUGUUUUAUUAUCUCUAAAAUUACUAAUAAAUUGUAAAAAUUAUCUAAUUAGUUUAUACGCCUCUAUCAUUUACCAGUACUCCCGUAUAUUUUAUAUGUACAAAUUUUAUUCCGUCGCGAACAACAUUAGAAAGUGAGAAAUAAAAAAUAGAUAAAACAAUCUAGAUUAACGUAUUAAUCUAUAUGGUUUUAAGUGAAACUUGGAACGUGGACUAUAAAAAUAUUGUAUCCUCUGAAAAGAAACCUGCCAAUCGAAUAUAAUCUCGUUUUAGGCAAGCAUACAUCCUUUGUGGUUGUGGUGUCGAGGCCGGUGAAGGUCUUGGCGUUACAAUCCGCAAAAUGAAUUCUUUGCAUGAAGCUUCGGGAAAUGUUUUUAUUUUAUCGUCUGCAACUCCAUCUACAUCUGCAUUGCUACUAACGGAAGUCAUCACGAAUACAGCCUGAAACACAAGUGUUAUUAUUAUUAAUAUUAUUAAUCAACUUUUCUUUUAAACAAGUGACUAAAUUAAAAAGAGAAAAUUCUGUCACCUUUUGAGCUUCUCUAAACAUAGUGGUUAUACGAGAGGCAAUGUUUCCUCUGGAACCACCUGGUACCUCAACUUCCUUCCCUCGCAUCAACUGAAUGAGGAACGAAGUAAAUUCUUUGGAUUCAUUGUUUCCUCCCAGUUUGUGUUGCAGCGAACUAACUUGAGCAACCAAAGCUUCCACGCUUUCUAUAUCUCGGGUAAUUUCCUAAUAAAUCAAAAAUGUUUUUCAGCUGUGUAUAUUAUGUGAUUGUAUACAGAAAGUUUUCUAAAUUUUUUAAUUAUGCAAAAAUGAACAAUAUUAGUAUGUUUAGCAUAGUGCAUGCAACACUACCAUUUCGAAUGAAAAAAUUAAAAAAGAAAUUUACUAUUUAUGAAUAUUAUUAAUUUUAUGAAAAUAAUUACUAUCAGUUUGUAUAUGUGUUUUUUGAAUAUCUCACUGUGUAAAUUAAUUAUUUGUAUCUUAAUUGUUGGUGUUCACUGAUCAAAUAUUAAUCUCCAAUCAUCAAACCUCAUAAUUGUUUUUUGCAGCUGUAUUAUUUCAUAGACAACUACUUUUGAAGUUCAAAUUUUAAAUAAAUGAAAUUUAUAUUAUAAAAUAAAUUAUAAAAAAAAUUAUAUACAGCUGCGAUCGCCAAUUGUCGAUGCAUCAAAAUACUUUGAAAAUAUUUCGGGAAACUUUGAAACUUUUAUCGCAAGCAUCAAUUAUAAAUUAAUCGAUUGUAGAAUUUACCUCGUAUAUAUGUAACUUCUGAUGAAUUGGUUUUGUAGCAUACUGUAAUUUCUUAAGUAUGCUGUGCGUAACGUCGGUUAAAUUCGGCAGAGCAUCCUGCUUUUGUUGACUAAGUGUAUAGAGUGCAGCGUGUGUCAAAACUGGCAGAAGAAGCUGACCGACUUGGUCCAGCCGCUUUGAGCUCAGGUAAUGCAACGCCUUUUCCGCUUCCCUAGUAUCAUCGAACAAUCUCUUCUGUCGAUGUGCGGGGACAGGCUGCGCCGAACUCCAAGUCGAGGACCAAGGGUUAUUAGGUAUCAACAUUCUCGCUGACAAGUGUCCUGCGUUGAAACGUUCUGCCAUUAGUAUUUUGCGAAAGAUGGACAGAAAUCAGUAGUGCGUUCUAAAGUACAAGGACAUUGGAAAAGAACCUGUAGCUUGACCCCAAUCGUCCGUUCCGUCCUCUUCAAUCCAAUCCCUCGGAGAAUACCAUCGAAUAAAAUCUUCCAGUAUUGCUCCAGGGUUUGCUGCCUAUAUUUAUAAAUCGUAAUUGCAUUAGAUUUGUACCGCAUAAAUAUUAAUAUAAAUAAAUAAAUGAACAAAUAAACACUAGUUCUUAUAUCUCGGAAGGGAAAAGUGUCCGGACCAAUGUUUAUAUGAUCUCUCUUCAUUUUUAGGAACUGUCGAAUAGGGUUUGAUCACCUAUUCCGGUGUCAUUCUGUAUAUUUAAAUUUAUCUAUGUUUUUUAUAUAGCCUGGAAACUGUAAUAGAUAUUUAAAAAAGACAG